GUGUAGAGUGCAGUGGAAUCUUACGAUUUCGUUAUUUAAUAAUUGUGAAAUGUGCAUUUCAAUCAAUUAAAACUGGGAAAAUGCAAGCCCUGAGAACCAGUCGCCCUUGGAGAGGGGCGUAUUGGAGUAGUUGGAGGCGACUGCUAACACAAAGCUGCACGGGAAAUGAGAUUCCAGAGUUAACUAAUGAUGUCAAGCACCGGAUUGAGGCUCAUUGGCGGGACCAACUCAGUGGAGGGCAGUUCAACCCCAAGGAAUCGCAAGACAAGUAUUACGUUCUCUCGAUGUUUCCCUAUCCCUCUGGCAAUCUUCACAUGGGCCAUGUGCGCGUCUACACUAUCGCCGAUUCAGUGGCUCGUUUCCAGCGGAUGUGCGGCAAGAAUGUGUUUCAGCCAAUGGGCUGGGAUUCCUUCGGGCUGCCCGCCGAAAAUGCGGCCAAUCAGCGAGGAGUGGAGCCGGCAUCCUGGACAGAACAGAAUAUUGACCAGAUGAAGGAACAACUUAAACGACUGGGCUGUUCCUUUGACUGGGACCACGAGUUAUCUACCUGCAGUCCGCAGUACUACAAGUGGACCCAGCACUUGUUCCUUAUGCUACACCGUCAUGGAUUGGCUUAUCAGAACGAGGCCCUCGUUAACUGGGAUCCCGUGGACCAGACAGUUCUUGCUGAUGAGCAGGUGGACGCCAAUGGAUGCUCUUGGCGCUCGGGCGCAAAGGUGGAGAAGAAGCUCCUCAGACAGUGGUUCAUUCGGACGAGUGCUUAUGCCAAACAGUUGUUAGAUGGCCUGGAGGAUCCCACCCUGCGUGACUGGAGGGAUAUUAUUAACCUGCAGCGACACUGGAUCGGAGAAUGUGAUGGAUACGCCUUUAACCUGCUCACCUCUGCCUCCGGCUUGCUAAGGGUGUGGACUGCCCACCCGGAGCACUUAAAAGAUCCCCAUGCCUUUCUCGUUAUUCGCAGCAGUCAUCACCUAUCGAAGUUAGAGGAUGCAGGCAGCCUCAGCGCAGAAAAUCCAUUUUCGGGCACCACAAUGCCUGUGGUUUUUGGCGACGAUGUGACCUUCCCACCAAAAUGCGAUGUUUACCUGGCAGCGCCCAGUUUCCGCGGUGAGGACAAAGAAUUGUGGGAGUCAUAUGGACUGGCAUUCACCUUAUCCGGCAAGGAAGAAGACAGUUUAAGUCCAGCUAACUGGGAGCUGCUGAGGAAGGAGGUGCUUCAAGCCGCCACACGCCUUAAUGUGGGUGGCUAUCGGGUAUCCUCCAAGCUGCAAGAUUGGUUGAUCUCACGACAACGCUACUGGGGCACUCCGAUUCCUAUUGUACACUGUCAAAAGUGCGGAGCAGUGCCGGUGCCUGAAGAGCAACUACCAGUGUCUCUGCCUCCUAAGGAUACUCCGAAGGAAGCCUUCCUCUGCGAAUGUCCCAAAUGCGGGGAAAAUGAUGCUCGAAGGGAGACGGAUACAAUGGAUACAUUUGUGGACAGCUCCUGGUACUACUUGCGUUACUUGGAUGCCCAAAACUCGCAGAAGAUUUUCGAUCCCGCUUUGACCAAAAAAUUUAUGCCCGUCGAUCUGUACAUUGGAGGAAAGGAGCACGCCGUGCUGCAUCUUUACUACGCCCGCUUCAUGAAUCAUUUUCUGCACAGCUGCGGGCUCUCGCCCACCAGCGAACCCUUCUCCCGUCUGCUAGUUCAGGGUAUGGUGAUGGGUCGCUCCUUUCGAGUAAAGGGCAGCGGUCGGUAUGUACCCGAAUCCGAAGUGGAGAUUGUGAAUGCCAAGAAGAACCAGGCUGUGCUUAAGGAAACCAAAGAGCCCGUGGUCAUGACAUGGGAGAAGAUGUCCAAGUCGAAACUGAAUGGCGUGGAGCCCAGUGAUAUGUUCAAUGAAUACGGUACGGACACAACGAGACUGAUCAUUCUGGCCGAUGUGGCGCCCACCUCGCAUAGGAACUGGUCCAGCGCAACGUUUCCUGGCAUCCUAAACUGGCAAAAGAGACUUUGGCUGACCCUCCAAGAUUUCCAAGAGGCUCGCGAGGAUAAAACGCCCUCGGAUGUGGUGGCUACUAGCGAGGAGUUUCUGGCUGAAGAUGCCAAGCUAUUCGAUGCCCGAAACUUUUAUGUGAAAGGAGCCACCUUUAACUACCGCCAUGCACAUCAACUCAGUGUGGCUAUCUCUAAGAUGCAGGGUCUGACCAAUUCCUUGAGACGUACGCCUAAACAUGUCCUACGGCAUGGAAAGCAAUUUGAAAGGGCUCUGGCCGCUCAGAUCAUCAUGCUAGCACCCAUGGCUCCGCACUUCGCUUCCGAACUGUGGUCAAAGUUUGUGGCAAUUCCCGGCAGACUGAAUCCUGCAAGUCAAGAGCUGCAGUGGAGCGAGGAUGUGCUAGCCCAACGCUGGCCGGACAUCGACGCCGCCUACAAUCUGGAUCUAAGCAUCAAAGUAAAUGGAUUCGAGAACUGUGUAAUCAAAGUACAGCGCACACACCUUGAUAAGGUGACGCAUAGCGAUGCACUGGACAUUGCCUUCAACACAGAAUCGGUGACGUCGUACUUGAUCGACAAGAAAAUCCGCACCACCAACUUUGUGCUAUAUCCGGGCAUCGAGGCUAUCCUAAAUAUCUAUGUGGAUAAGGCGCAGAAGACUCAAAAGCCGGCAACCAGCGAUGAUGCUGAGGCUCAGCCGCGGGCGUAGGAUAUCUAGUUCAAAAUAGGACUAUUUUUAAAUUUCUACUUUGGUAUCUUAUUUCCUGACUCACUCUGUCUAUAGUGCUUAAGCCGAUUACGGAUUACGGUAGAGAGAGCGGGUCUAACCCGCCCAAAUGCAUUUCCGGUGUUGGCCACAAAGACGCCAUCCUAGAUUGGUACUUUUUAAUCAUGUUUAAUGUUAAAUAUUUAUAAAAAUUGGACUAGUUGUAAGCAGCUGCUUUACAGGAUUGGUAAAUGCCUAGAAUCAUAGGAAUAUAAUGGUUGCUCUAUCUGUGCGCCUCUAUCUAAAAGCCA